AUGAAGGAGGGCAUAGCAAAAGAUGAAAUGGUUAAAGGAUUCUGUGGGACAAUCCCUUACAUGGCGCCCGAGAUUAUGCGCAAUGAAUACUAUGAUUUUAGCGUAGAUUGGUACUCUUUCGGAGUUGUUCUCUAUGAACUACUAAUUGGCCCUGUCGAUUUACUAGGGUCUGAUGAAGCAACUUCUCGCUACUACCAGGCAAUACUUUCAGGUCCAUGGCGUGUUUCAGUCGAAGCCACCUCUAUAUUGAAUGGAUUCCUCAAUAUGAAUCCUGAGGAAAGACUAGGAAGCAAUCUAGAAAAUGGUUUUAAUGAUAUUUCCUCCCAUUCAUUUUUCGCCUCAAUUAAUUGGGAUAGGAUAUUUAUAGACACUGCCAAAUCGACACUAGGCUUGACAAGGGGAGGGAACAAAUCAUACAAAGAACUAUGGUGGUGGAAUGAAGAGGUACAAACAACUAUACAGGAGAAAAAAGCCCUAUAUAAAAUAUUGUACAAAUCCAAAAACCCAAAUGACAAGACAAAUUACAAAAAAUCAAAGAGAAUAGCUACGAAGGCGGUAACUAGGGCUAAGGCUAUGGCACACGAUGUGACAUGUUUUAACUUUGCCUAA